CCCUCCCCCUCGCUGGAUCGCUCUCUCUCGCGCGCGUAGCGGCGAGCACAGUGCGAGCACCGCCGCCCUUGGCCAGGUCUCCGUCGGUCGCUUUGCCGGCGACGAGCACCCGGCAGGUACCAUGGCAGCAAUGAAUAGUGAUUUGGGAGGCCUAGGUGGCAGGCCUACAAAUCCACAAGCAAACCCUUUUGGAGGUGCCCUGCAUGGUACCGGAUCAGGACUGAUCCGUACUGGACUAGAAGCAUAUGGAGGGAGGAUUUUAGAUUCAAGUUCUGAGUUUAUGCAAAGCAAUAUUACACAAUAUUUGUCCGACCCUCAGUACUACUUUCAAGUCAACAGCCAGUACGUGAGGAACAAACUGAAGGUCAUCUUGUUCCCUUUUUUGCACAGAGGUCACUGGACAAGAAUAACUGAACCAGUAGGGGGAAGGCUAUCCUACAAACCUCCAGUCCAGGAUAUCAAUGCACCGGAUUUGUACAUCCCUCUGAUGGCAUUUGGCACCUACAUUGUUGUUGCUGGCUAUGCCUUGGGAGUUCUUGGCAGGUUUACCCCUGAGGCGCUGACCCUACAGUUCUCUAAAGGGAUACUUGGUUGGUUUCUGCAAGUUAUCCUCAUCAAAGGUCUGCUGUACUCCCUGGGCAGCGGUGAGGCACCGUUGUUGGAUAUCGUGGCGUACGCUGGAUAUGGUUUCGCUGGUACUUCCCUCGCAAUGCUGGCCCGCAUCUUCUGGAGUUACCUGUACUACUUUAUCAUGCCAUGGUUCUGCAUCUGCACGGGAGUCUUCCUCGUGAAGACCAUGAAGAGGGUUCUUCUGGGUGGGCCAAGGAGCUAUGAGAGGCACCCUAGCCGGAACCACUACUUCCUGCUCUUCCUGGCGGUUGUGCAGUUUCCUAUGCUGUUCUGGCUCAGCAGCAUCAGCGGCUGAUCUUUGAUCCUAUGGUCGGGGCACACAAAUCAUUUUUGAGAGGCUGUUGAGCAGAAUAGACGUGUGGCACUUCUUGCUUGCUGAUGAAUCUUGGGCUAUUGUGGAGAUGGUACAGAACUGUUAGCUAUAGAUAUCUGGGUAAGCAAAUGAACGGACGUGCGAGUACCUCUUUUUGUUCCUGUUGGACAAUGGGAGGUGAUUGUAACCAUAACGCUUGGGAUAGGAUCAAGAUGAACUGCUUCGUUUAUGCUCUUUGGAUCUAUUUACCAUGUGUCAUGAUGCUCGAAUCCUGACUUGAUUUUAAUGAUCACACUGCACGAUUUUCAGUUUCAAUUAAAUUUGUUUAGGAUGGAUUUGUUUUGUGA